AUGGAUGAUGAUAUGUCUCUAUGUUUCUUAAUUCGAAGCCAGAGUGAACCACUGAUGAUAAUCUAUAUGGCUAAGGCUGAGGUGGUUGUUUCAAUUUUGAAUGCAAUCAUAAAUUUGACCAAAAAUAAACAUUAUGUACAGUUUCAUUCUCAGAAAAAUAUGUCAAAUGAAACUUGGCCUGGUAUUUGUUUGUCAAAAUUUAACUACGAGAGACAACAAUGGGGAAACAAAAUUAUCAUAAUGAUAAUGUUAAAGGUAACGAUUUUGGACGAGAUUACCUUGAUAAAGAAUACACAUGCGAUACGCGUGCAUCAACAUUGUGUCAUGUAUAGAAUAUCGUCGUAUGAGCAUGACAUCAUGUCACCGUUCACUGCACCGAGAACCGAUCUGUACAAAGCACUUCCUUUCCAUUUAGUGUUUGAUCAUUUCAACGAUGAUAGCUAUACGUUUCACUGCUUCAUUCGACGACAAUCGUAG